GGCGGAUGGGGGCCGCCUCCCGGGCGGGUGGGUAACGAGCGCCCGCUCCGAAGCCGGCGGACGUCGGGUGCCUCGGGAGUUGUCCGCGCCUGCAGCCGCCGGGGGCAGGUGCAUGUGACAGCAUUGCAGCAAUGAGUGGAAUUUUAAAGAGGAAGUUUGAAGAAGUUGAUGGCACUUCACCUUGUUCCUGUGUGUGGGAAUCAGAUGAUGACAUUUCUAGCAGUGAAAGUGCUGACAGUGGGAGUAAUGUCCAUCCAUCCACUUCUAAUCAUUUUACGCAUUAAGGAAAUGGCUACAGACUGAAAACAUGGUUUCAGAGGUCUAAAAAUCUCCUGAGAAACUGGCGUUCUUUGAGAUCACAAGGUGCGUGUGACAGCAUUGCAGCAAUGAGUGGAAUUUUAAAGAGGAAGUUUGAAGAAGUUGAUGGCUCCUCACCUUGUUCCUCUGUGCGGGAAUCAGAUGAUGACAUUUCUAGCAGUGAAAGCGCUGACAGUGGUGAUAGCGUCAAUCCAUCCACUUCUAGUCAUUUUACCCCUUCUUCAAUCCUGAAGAGAGAGAAGCGGAAGAGAGCAAAAAAUGUCCAUUUUAACUGUGUUACUGUGUAUUACUUCACGAGAAGGCAAGGAUUCACCAGUGUUCCCAGCCAAGGGGGAAGCACACUGGGAAUGUCUACUCGCCACAACAGUGUGCGCCAAUACACACUUGGAGAAUUUGCGAUGGAACAGGAGAGGCUUCACCGGGAGAUGUUAAGAGAGCACCUAAGGGAGGAAAAACUCAAUUCUCUAAAAUUAAAGAUGACAAAGAAUGGUACAGUGGAAUCUGAAGAAGCUAAUACGCUGACACUGGAUGACAUUUCUGAUGAUGAUAUUGAUUUAGACAACACUGAAGUAGAUGAGUACUUCUUUCUACAACCCCUGCCAACAAAAAAGCGAAGGGCAUUGCUGAGAGCUUCUGGAGUGAAGAAGAUUGAUGUGGAAGAAAAACACGAGCUGCGGGCCAUCCGCCUGUCCAGAGAGGAUUGUGGCUGCGACUGCCGUGUGUUCUGUGAUCCAGAAACUUGCACUUGCAGUCUUGCAGGCAUAAAGUGUCAGGUGGAUCGUAUGUCUUUUCCAUGCGGUUGCACUAAAGAAGGCUGUAGCAAUACAGCAGGUAGAAUUGAAUUUAACCCUAUCCGUGUACGGACUCACUUUUUGCACACAAUAAUGAAACUUGAAUUGGAGAAAAAUAGAGAGCAGCAAGUUCCGACACUAAAUGGCUGCCACAGUGAGAUAAGUGCACACACUAGUUCUAUGAGUCCAGGACCCCAUCCGGUUGAAUAUUCAAUUGCAGAAAAUUUUGAGAUUGAAACCGAACCUCCGGCUGCGGUUAUGCAUUCUCAGUCAGCCGAGGACUUGGACUGCCCAGGGGAAGAGGAGGAAGAGGAAGAUGGGAGUAGCUUUUGUAGUGGAGUUACAGAUUCUAGCACCCAGAGUUUAGCCCCUAGUGAAUCAGAUGAUGAUGAAGAGGAAGAGGAAGAUGAGGAGGAAGAUGAGGAGGAAGAAAAAGCAGAUGAUUUUGUAGAAGGCAUGGGCUCCCAUGCUGAUAUGGUGCCUCUUCCUUCUGUCCUUUGCUACUCUGAUGGAACUGCUGUGCAUGAAAACCACUCUAAAAAUGCCUCAUACUAUACUAACUCUUCAAAUCUGUAUUACCAAAUAGAGAACCAUGUUGCUGGCACUGCUAGCCAGAUCAGUGAGACUUACUCAGAAAGGGAUGCUGUCAAGAAUGGUAGUCUUUCUCUGGUGCCUUACAACAUGACUUCAGAACAGUUUGUUGACUACACACGGCAAUCAGAGGAAACUUUUAGCAGCCCUCACUACCCUUCUGCAAACCCCUCAGUGAUUGUUUGCUGCUCAUCUUCUGAAGGUGAUGGUAGUGCUCCCUGUAACAGUUUAUACACUGAGCAUAGGCCAAGUCACCCUCAAGUGGAAUUUCACUCAUACUUGAAAGGUCCUUCUCAAGAUGGCUUUGUUUCAGCUUUGAAUGGCGACAGUCGUGUACAGGAGCACCCUGCUGAGAAUUCACUAAACCUCCCGGAAAAGAGCAGACUGCACGAAGAAUGCAUCAAAUCACCAGUGGUAGAAACGGUACCUGUUUAAUAUUAAAUUUAUUCUAGGACUGACUUCCUGUAUCAAAAAGUGCACUCACGCUGGAUUUCCUAGAAUCUUAAUUUUUUAAGAGGUAGACAACACUUGGACUAUAGUCAAUGUUCCAGACACAUUUUGUUUUCUCAAGCUACAAUGGCAGUGGUAUUGCACAAAACCAGUUCAUGUAAAGAUUUAAAUAAGAAUAAUCAAACUGUCUUUUGAUAAAAAUAAAACAUGUAAGUAAAAACACACCCAACAUAUUUCAAAGUAGCCUACCUAUCAAAGUAUGUGAAACCUGCCAAGCUAUCUGAAUCAAAGCUUCAUGUUUUUGAUUGUCGGGCCUGUGCAAGAUUGUUAAAAAUGAUACUUUGAAAUAAUCAUGUUUAGAGUCCUAAUUUUCAACAUAUCUGAAAAGAUGGUAAGUUUAAUGUAAAAGUAACUACUGUACAAAAAAGUUUUAAUUGUUCUGUACUGUAUAUUUUAUUUAUGGUAGUUUAGUAGUCAUGUUUUGAUAAAAAUGAACAACAUGUUCAUUUGAGCAGAUGAUCCAUAGCUAGUUACAAAGAGCAUGUCCACUUUUCAUCUGGAGUACCUUGUAUUCUUCUAUUUUGGUUUUUUAAUUUUUUUAAAUACCAUUUCUGGUAAAUUAUUUUAAAGCGCAUUUUUAGAGUGUACUAUUUUCUCUUUUGCUAUAUUUGACAGACAGUAGAGUCAGAAAGGGGGCAUUUACAUCUUCUAGAAAGAUGAAAGGUAGACAAUCCUCCAUUUAAAUUAAAAUCAGUGGCAUUCCAGAACUAGUACCCCCUCCCCAAAGAAAAAUGAUUUUGUAUAUACAGGCAAAGCAGUAGCUUCAGCUUGCACAGCACCUUUUAGCUCAACAAACAUUCAGCUAUUUAUGCACUUUAGUGCCAUUUUGCAGUACUGUAUUAACUGCGGGAACUGUGAACUAUUAUUUUGGAGAAAUGCCAUAGCUCCAGACUCUGAGGUGUAUGUAAGAUCUUAAAAUUCAUUGUGAUAAAAUCUAUACGUUUUUCCCAAGCCAGUUUAUGAAUGUAGCAGCAGGCAAUGUGAAAAAGCAGAUUCUUGCUGGUCAGAAUUUAAAUGAAGCAUGGAAAAAAUGAAGUGUGAAGUGUCUAGAUUUCAUAAAUAUUUAGCAGUUUUUAUGAAAUGAGACUCGCUUUUGUGGACUUCUAAUUGUAUCUCAAAUUUACAGUCAUUUCGUCUAAUUAACCAGUAGAUUCAAUGAAGAAAAAUAGCUUCAAAAAUUUUAUAUUUGCUAAAGUUUGCAAGCAAAAUAGCAUGUGCAUCAUGGGGGGCUGUCCCUUAACCUGUACUCCAUUUGUUUUUAAAUUAAAUGGGAAUUAAAAUACCUGCUGUAUCUCAACCUUUAGUCUAUUAAUCAACCUUGCUUUCCGCUAGAAAAAGAGGUAUAGAAACAUUCUUUUCUCUAUACUGGUAAUUCUGCACUGCCUUAUUUUGAUUUCAAAAUCUAUUUUAAAAAUUUCGUUCUUCUAAUACUGAAAAUUUAUUUAUUAUACAUCAAGUGGGUUGCAAUAUAGACCUGGCUUGUUUGUCAAAAUAAGGAUCAGCAUCUUAGUUUUUAUCUGUGUCAAAUCUAGAUGGUUAACAGUAUGCAUGUAAACACAGUGUAAAUUUUGGCUGUGUAACAGUGACUCUUCUGGUUAGAAGCUCUUUAAAACACCAUGUACAGUACUCCACUAGAAAACUGCCACGUUUAAAAUAUGCUUUUUUGAAAAAUAAGCUGACUUAAUUGUUUUUAUAUGAAAUCUGGGCAAAACGAUUUCUCAUUUUUAUGCUAAAUUAGCAAAAUAUUUUUACUCUGUGUAGUAGCUGGAAAGGUUUCUUUAUUUACUUGUUUCCACAAGAAGUCCUACAUGUUUUAUAUGAACUGCAUUGAAGAGUCCUAGGUCUCUAGGGAUUGGAUUCCACACUUGCAAUGUAUUCCAUCUCCUGGGAAAGUGCAGGCAUGUUGGUUAUCUGGCUCAGCAAUUCCUUAGCCUCGGUUCCCCUUUAAGGAAACUCUGGUCUCUUUCUCUAAUGGUUGAGUAGCCGGGUAAGCACAUGUAUUCUCCAGUUCCACACAGCAAAUACCCAUCUUUAUUUUUAAUGAGAAGCUUGUUAGUUCUGCAUCUAAGAAUAAUAUUAUUCUGCUCAAGAUAGAUAGUCUAUGGGCAAAUGCAGCAAGUCUCUGUAUAUCCAGGCAUCUUGCAUUAAUAGCAGGCUUAAAUCCCGCACUCUCACUCAACACCAGCACCAAAAGCACAAAUCCCUUUUUUCUUGAGCUGGGACAGUAGCUAUGAAUCAGUAGCAGCUUUUAACCUCAGAGUGUGUUGGAGGAUCAUGCACACUUUUACCAGGGUAUUUCUCUCAGGGGAAAGUUAAAUGAAAUAUUUUGUUUCAUUAUUCACCCCCUUCCUGAGCAAUAAGAAAUUAUUUUCUUUCCCCUGUUCUUUCACAUGAAAAAUAUCUUUAAUAAUAUGAGCAAGCACAGUAAGUGAUUAACUUAAUAAAAUACAUCUCAGCAAGCUUUAAAAUACUGAGAUGAUAGUUAUUUGAAAUUUCCAUUGGCACUUGCUUCAGACCCCAGGCCUCCUUAAAUUUGCCUCUGUAUAAACUUCUAAGUACUUAGAUGUGCAUGUUCUGUGCCAUCCAGGCAUCAGGGGUGAUUACAGCUAAAUUCUCUAACGCUUGCCCCAUUAGAUAACAAGCAGUAAUAUAUAGGGUAGAGAAGGCAGUGACUAUAUAAAGAACUCGUUGUGCUACACUAUUUUCCCUUGUUUAAAGCAGAUCAUUCCUGGGACUCACAAAGUAAAAUGUGCAGAAUAAAGAUUUAUGUUGAAAAAAAAUUCUUAACUACCUGGUGAUAAUGUAGCUAGUAAUAUCUUUCUUUUGAUCUGACCUGAUGUUUUUUGAUCAAGAUUUGAUCUAGGGAUACAAAGCAAACAAAUCUUGUUUAGUUCUUGCAACAAGUUACAAAGUCAAAUCUGUUUAUAAUUCAUGGAGAUUUCAUGGUAGCUAUACUAAUAAUAUCAACAAGCCUUCUAACAGAGAUAAACUCAUACUGAGAUGGAAAAAAAACCAACAAAACCAACAAAGCCAAAACAAAACAAAAACAACCAAACCCAAAACCGACAGAAACCUCUUGUUUUGAUAUAGGCUAACCCUGUUCCCCAACCAAUUCCAUUCCAGCAAAUAACAAAGCUAAGGCCUUAUACAUAAGCAUGUAUAAGUAAGUUGACUAAUGUGAAAAAACAAGUCACACCCUUGACCAAAACAGACAAGGUAAUUUAACUGUGAAAUCUAGAGUAGGCUGUAGAAAUCAGUGAGAGUCAAGAUUCCCAGCCCUUGAUUAGGCUUUGAUGUUUUAUUUAGAAGAAGAUAAGGAAGUACUCCUCCUAUAAGAAAAAAUAAAUCAUGGGAUGGGAAAUGUUGUAAUGUUAUUUUCUGGGCUAGUAUAUGGUAAUAUAUGAUGUGUUCCGUUUCCCAGUUGGUUAAUAUUUAUGUUGAUGAGUCCUUUCAUUUUGAGUAAGCUUAUUUCUGUGUGAUAAAAAUAUUAUGUUACAAAAUGACAAACAGCAGUAUUUGCUUCUGUAUUGACACAAUAUAUCAUUUGUGAAAAUGUUUACUUUACUAAUAGUUGUAUCAGCUUUAUUUAUUUCCCAACAUCUUUGGCUACUGCUAAUCACUCCUGAGAAGCCAGGUAAUAAAGUGGUAGAUAGUUUACUCUUACUCUACCAGUUCAGAAAAAUGAGCCCUAAAAAAGCGUUUUCCUCUGUUAAAUUACAACAGAAUUUUCACACAGAAUAUCUCUGAACAGCACCUAAAACUGAAUGUCUUUUUGCAUAUAACGUGAACUUCAACUCUCUUGGAAAAAACGCUUUGCGAAAAUUUAUUUAUAGAACUUUAACUGAGGUUAGACGUGAAAGUAGAACUUUCCUGACAAAACUGCAACAAUUGCAAUUGUUUCCUAAGAGCUCUAACCCAUGCCCACUGGACCAUCCUUUAAUAAAUUAAAAGCUGCUCAGUAGAAGUUUCUAAUAUGUCUUCUCCACCCCUUUUUUUAAAAAAAGAAAAAAAUAAUUCUAAUAAUUCUUUGAUGUAUGCCAUUUAGAUCAGAAAGUUCCAGAUUCAUGAAGUUUUACUAUUUUUCAUUUACGUAAGUUCCUGCUAGUGAAUCAUAAUUUUGGUUGACAUUUAUUUAAGACCACUGAUUACACUACGAUAAUAAUCAUCACUUGCUAUAAAUACAGUUCAGCCUCCUCACUGAUAGUUAACUGAGUCAGUCAACAAUGCGAUCCUGCCUUUUGUGUAAGCUCUGCAGAAAUGGUAUGUAGUAUUCAUGGUAGUGUUACUCACUAGAUUGCUAACUGAUCCAGAUUCACUUUCUAAUCAUAUCUGGUUGUUGCAUUUCAGUAAACGUGCUAUCAAACUGAUCAUGUAGCAUUCCCUGCCUCACCAUGAGGAAGAUAUCUUCACAAAACAGAGCUGGUUUGUUACAGAUUGCAUACAUACAUUUGUAUGCAAAACAGAAUGUGAUGUUUUUUCUUAUUUCAGAUGUUCCUGACUCUUUGAUAGAAAUGUGAUAUACUGGAUAGAGAGUGUUAGGCUCAGAGAGAGGAGACCUGGGUUCUGUUGGUUUUGCCUUUGUCCUGCUGUGUCACUUCCAUUCCCUAUGUUCUGGUUUGUAAGGUACUUGGAGAUACAGUGAUAAAAUAAUAAUUCUGCACAACUGGCAAAAUACACCUUUUUCCUCCUUUUUUGGCGUAACUAAAUUUUUGUACUGCAAACUGAGUCACUUUCCCAAUAAAGCCCAAUCCAGCUCAGAAGUGACUAGAAAUUUUAUCACUAAUGUGAAACACAGCAAAAGCAAGCUCUCUUUUCCAUGGACAGGGUUAACGAGCAAAAGUAAACAAUAAAUUUCAUAGUGAAAAUAGGAACAGAAGCUGUGUUGAAUAUACAUUUACCUGUUGAGGGCUUAACAUCUGAGCAGCAAGAUUGUAGUUUGCCUGCAACACCAUAGUUGGCAGCAACAGGCAAUCUUAUUGCCCUGCAUGUUGUUGUCUUUUGCCAGCUGAACUCUCUCAGUGAAACUCCUUGUGUAGCUGCUUCUGUAGCAAAGCAAGUGCCCUUAUUCAAAGCAAAAGCAAGAGACACCCAAGUUACUGUUUUAAAAGGCAUUUGAUAAAUAAGCAGCUCCCAUGUGUUGUAUAAGCUCAUGUUCAUUGUGCCAGUUGUUUAAUUUUCUGAAGCAGUCAGGAACAGGGACAGGAGAGGACGAUAUGGUAAGUCCUUAAGUGUUUUGGGGUGUUAAUGCCUUCCCCCUAAGGCUAAAGAGUAAUUCUGUCAUCUACUUUUAUUAUGGUUGCAGAACAUUUGUAAAAUACUUCAAAAAACUAUAAUUAAGUCAGAGAAUAUAUUCUAUAGAAUUUAUUUCAAAAAUACUAAAUCUGAUUACUAUUUUUUUAAAAUGGUAGAAAGCUGCUGUUUUUUCAAAACAGAGUCUAGUUCAUUAACAUGUUCUUUGGUAUAAAAAAAACUCAGUAUUUGCCUUUUCAAUGUUCCCAUUUUUUUUUUAAUCCUUAAUUUUGCUGUUCUCUGUAAUGACUGUCCAUGUGCAAAUUAUUAAUUGUCCAUUUUCUCCAGAAGUGUGAAAUCCAAAGCACAAACAUUGUGAAGUGAUGAACAAGUGCAAUUUAGUUGUAAAGAGAUCUGAGUGAGCACAGGCUCAAGUUCUUUGUAAGUGCUUCUUGUUCACCAUCUCUUCCCACUCAUCAGAGGCAGCUUUUAAUUUUGUUGCUAAUAAACAUGCCAGAGUAUUGUUUUCACGUAAGGAGGAAAUUUAUAAUAUCCUUGAGAACUUUCUGCUAGCCUAAUGGCUGAUACCAAUAAUUUUACUUUUUGUAAGAAUAUCCAAUUCAUGAAACAUCUGUUUUGCAGCCUUAGUCUUUUCUUUUUAAUUCCUUCCUCCCUUAAUCUUAGUGUCUGGGAAAAGUCUGUUGUACAGUAAGGCUUUUCAUUAAAAUUGAACACGAGGCAACUCUCACGUCCUCUGUGCUAUCUAUCAUUUAUGUUACAUUAGCAUGUAGAUAGAUUGGAACUGUGGUGAAAAAUAGUCCCCCAUUGACUGAAUAUGAGAGGCAUGAUGGAGCAAUCCCACUGGGGGGGUCAAUAGACUCUCCCUUUCCAUAUACACAAACAAACAAGAAGGAAACCUACCCCACUGACUGCAAACAUGUGGUAGGAGAUCCUUGUUGUCUCUCGGGGCCUGUAGAUCCAGGGGAAGAAUGACAUUCAUGAUACAGCACAACCCAGUACUGGAUGAAAAUCCAAGAUUAUUAAAAGCAGAAAAACAUCACUUAGGAGAACAAAAAGUUUCCUUCAAACUACUGUUAUGAUUAUUUUUUUCCAAUAUAAGAAAUAAUAAAUUAAAAACACCCUUUUAUAAAACAGAAGUGAGUUAGAUCUUAAAACGUAAAAUGCGUAUUGCUCUACUGCUGUGUAGUCCUUAAGGUUAGGACAAUACCUGCUAUAGGUAGAAGGUCCCAACUGACUGGAGAGCCAUAUUCAUGAUGCUCUUUACUGCUGCUUCUCAGUUGAGAAGAUCAUAGUCCUUCAUCCAAGGCUGGGGCAGGGGGAUUAAAAAAAAAAAAGUCAGAAGGCAAACUUAAUGAAUUUAGUCAAUUAUCUUAAUUUGAAUCUUAGCAAUGACACUUUACUGAGGUAUUUUGUGAAUUAAUGUCAACUAGGACUGUCAAAUAGAACCAAGUCAAAAGAAGUUAGCCUCAUAUAUAUGUUCUUCUCUAAUUGUGCACUUUUCUAACAAGCUGUGAAGACUGGAUUAGCUUUUCUUGAUGGACAGGAAAAAUGGUGGAAGAUAACGGAACACCAUUGUUCUAACACAAGAAUCAAGAUAAUCCUUUGUCUUGAGGCAUGCGUGGAUACACCCUGGAGUGGGUAAGGGAAGGAUGAGAAAGGGCAAUUUAGAGGAAAAGAAGGCUGACGGCAAGAGGUAGAUUGAUGAGGACAAUUUUAUUCUUCUAGAGGGCAAAAGAAAAUAUUAUAUAUGGAAAAAAAAAAAAAAGGAAGGAAAAAAGGAAAUUCAGAUAUCCCCAGAGCAAGGAUAGAAAAGUAUAUGCAUGUUCACUACAAGCUUGGCCAUAUUAGAUCGUAAUAGUAAUUUUGUUAUUUAAUAUGUUUAAACUAGUCACAAACUCAGUGCAAACGCAAAGUGUCAUUUUUCCAUACCAGCUUUAUACAGGCAAAAUUAAAUAAAAGACUUAUCCAAAAGCAUGGGGUAAAAACUAUAAAGCAAGCAAUACUCUAGAAGCAUUGCUACCGUGUCUUUUCUUUGCCUGUGUCAACUGUGAAGUCACAUUCAAUAUAAUUUUAUUUUAUAUAUAUCUACUCCCAGGCACAUAAUUCUAAUAUAACCUCUUUCUCAGAUAAAAAGAGACACUAAAAGCAAAGAAGAAAUAGAUGUCCUUCUUAGAAUUUUAGCUUGGGAUUUUCAAACGAGACUUAGUACAUUAUAGCAUCUAAUACCUUGCUGGGGUACUGGGAGAUCACUGUAAAGAACCAGCCAUCCAUUUGUGAGUCUCUGAUACACAGAUUGAGCACGAGUUUUCAGCUUCUUGAAAAGAUUGCAUCAUUGUGUGCACUGGCAGCUGGUUCUCUUAAAACAAAACCAGAAGUAAGCAUGCUGUUUUUUCAGACCAUUUCACACAAAUACCACCACUUCAGUUCUCACAUAACACCACCCGUGUAAACAAUGCUUAGCAACUGGGCCCUUCUUUUAAUUGACUGACUGUAGGCACUUCUAUGGAAAUGCGUCUGAAGUAUAGUUUGUGAAACAUGUUAAAAAGUGUUUGAUGUAAAAUAAACGCUAGACAUUUAACAGUGCAAAAAUAGUUAAAAUCUGUAGAUUACAAAUUUGUUCCUAAGAGCCUCAGCCUGUAAUAUUGUCUUAGUAAAGUCGAUCUUUUAAGUUAAGUUGCAUUCUGGUGUAAUAACCUUUUACAAAUAAAAUGAUUAAUACAAAUGUACUGAUUAAUACCUGUUGACAUAAGACAUGGCAAUUGGUUGACUUGUUUUCAUCUACAGCUAAUACACAUAGCAAUUCUGGUAAAAAACACAAACAUAAACCAACACUACUUCCUUUUUUUUUUUUUUUUUUUUUGAUGUUUAAAGUGCUUUCAUUGUUUUAACAAAUACAAAGUACGUAACAUUUAGACUGUCUAGUCCAGCCCUGUCUUUUAGGAGGUUCAUUUCUCGGUAUAUAUAUUUUUUCCCAUAAGAAUAUAAAAUUGCUUUUGAAAUUUUUGUUGGCAAGUGGUAAAUAAUACACCACAGUAUGGAUUCAAAAGCAUUUAAAUUGAUGGUCUUUCAGACAUGUAAUCCAUUCAGAUGAAACUAGUAAAAUUGUGGUGUAAUUGCAGCCAUUUGUUUAAAAUUUGUACAUUACUUCUAACUUCACUAAUUUUUAAGAAAAGUAAUUAUGUUAAAAGUACUUAACAUUUGCCAUUACAGAUGAUCUUGCAUACUAAAAUUAUGGAGAUCUCAACACUAAAGCAACAUAUUUAAUUGGACUGCUGCUUUUAAACUGUUAAGGAGCAAAAGGAAAGAAAGUUCAUCUUAAAAUCUUAAAAUGUACAUGGAAAUAAUUUUAAGCUUCAUGAACUACUCAUUUCUUUAAUUUCCUUUUUUUUUUUUUUUAACAAGUUGUAACAUCAAAGAUGCCAAAGGGUAAUAUAAGCUACAAUAAUAUUCAACAGAACUUAACCUAGACCUUAUGUUGUAAUAAUUUAUUCAAAUUAACUGUAUUAUUAUUCUGUAUUUAUAUUUUCGGUAUUUAUUAUGAAUGAUAUGGAAUUUGAUGUAUUUAUUGUGGCUUAUUACUGCAGUGUAUAUAUUACAAAAAUGAGCAUUUUUAAGUCUUAACAUUAGUUUCUUUGUUAAUUAGUGGCACUUGUAUCGGCUGUAUUUUUAUUAUAUAUUGUACAAUAUAUAUUGUCCAUUUGUUUGCAAUGAAGUAAAACAGGUUUCUACGUUA